CAUGACUGAACUUCGAAAAUUCACUACUAAGUAGCGCUUUGAUCAACGUAGAUUUUGGGUUUCAAGGUACUGCUUCUUCUUAAAAGAUCGUAAUAUUUUCUAACCUGCUGCAUUGACUGCAAUGCUAAAUAUCUCAUACUUUUGAUUUUAUGUAUUAUCUAAUUUAUUCGAAAUGCCCAAAAAAUCCGGUAAAUCCGUGUGGGGUAAUCGAGGAGGACGAGCAAAUAAUUCUGAAGACAAACAUUACUUUGGACAUGACGAUAGACUUGUCAGAAUGGAAGGAAGAUUAUAUAGCAAUAGACCUCGUGUAUCGUUUAAGCCACAACCAAGGCCUAAUAGAGAUAUACCAAGAAGUUUGUUAGAGGCUUAUUUAGAUGAUGAUAUUCCAAUGGGUGCAAAUUCAAAUAAUAACAAUAAUAACAAUAAUAAUAGACAAGUCAUUGUAAGAGGGAGAGGAAGAGGCUUGUCUAGAGGUAGAAAUAGCCCUUUACCACCUAGAGGUUUUCGAGGAGGUAUACUCCCUAGACCACAACUUACUCUUGGAGAAGCUAAUUGGUACAAAAUUAUUAUACCAUAUGGACAAAAAUAUACAAAAGAUUAUGUAAUAAAUAAUCUUUUGAGUUAUAUUGCCCCAGAAACUUUUGUGCCAAUUAUGUAUAAAGCUAUGGGGAGUGAAGCCGUUUUCUAUGUCGAUGAUCACAAAACAGCAAAUGCACUUCUUAAUUGUGAUCGUAAAAUUACCACAACAGAUGGUUUUAAGCUUCAAGUUAGGGUUAAACCAGGAUUUCCUCAAUGUGAAAUUAAUGAUAAGCUAAAAGAAAGAUUAAAGCAAGCUAUGGUAAAACGAUAUGUUCAAGAAAACAAUGCUUUAGAUUUGUCAAGAUUUCAUCAAGAUCCAGAUCUUGUCACUGACUAUUUUUGUGCAUUGUUUCGACCAGUUAUGUUACUAACUGUAUUGGACAUUGUCUCAGAACAUAUUCCCACAUUAGAAGCUUUAAAUUUAGAUGGCAACAAACUUAAUUUAAUUGAAAGACUCAAUGUGCUUCAUAAAAAAUUUCCAAAAUUGAAAAUAUUGUAUAUAGGUGAUAAUAAGAUAAGAGAAAUUAAUCAAUUAGACGUUUUGAAAGAUUUAAAAUUAGAAGAAUUACGGCUAGCUGGAAAUCCUGUGUGCGUCAAAUAUAAGUCUCGACAGAGUGAUUAUAUUAGUGAUGUGCGGAAAAAGUUUCCCAAGCUCCUAAGACUGGAUGGUAUGGAGCUACCACGUCCAAUCUUAUUCGAUGUUGUGGAUGAUACUUCAAAGAUACCUCCUACCCAACGAAUAUUCACUACAGAUACCAAGGCCCAAGAAGUAGCAAGUCAAUUUCUGCAACAGUAUUUCAUGAUUUUCGAUAGUGCUAAUCGCCAACCACUGCUAGAUGCUUACGACGAACAUGCAUGCUUCAGUUUAACAGUAACUACUCAUGCUCAUAAUGCCAAUAAAUUAAGUACAUACAUCUUGGAAAAUAGAAAUUUAUUUAGAAUAAAUGAUACUAAUAAAAGACAAAAAUUAUUAAAACAAGGAAGAUUGCCUGUGGUUUCAUUUAUCUCAGAAAUGCCACAAACUAGACAUUAUCUACACACAUUCACAAUGGAUAUUAGUCUAGUUACUGAAGGAAUGAUGUUAAUUACAGUAACCGGAUUAUUUAAAGAGCUGAAUAGUAAAGAUGAACCAGUACGGUAUUUUAACAGGACAUUUAUUAUAGUGCCAAAGGGAAACGGAUAUUGUAUUCUUAAUGAACAGUUACAUAUCAGUCAUCCAACUGAAAUGCAACAUAAACUUUUAUCAAAUCAUUCUGCAGAAGCACAAAUGUCCGAAGGCCCCUCGAUAUCUAAAACCUCAAAUUCUGGUGUAGAAACAACGGUUCCUCAAUUAUCAGAAGAAGUAAAACAACAAAUGACUGUAACAUUAAGUCAGCAGACAAACAUGAAUCUGGAAUGGAGUUUAAAAUGUUUGCAAGAAGUUCAAUGGAAUUAUGAAAAUGCUGUAUCUGCAUUUCAAGAAUUUUUCAAGCGAGGACAAAUACCACCAGAAGCGUUUAGUAAGUAAAUUUUGCUAUCAUUAAAAAGUUAGAAAGAUGUUUCAGAUUCAUGUCUUUCUGCUUGAAGAAAUAUUACUUAAUAUAAAUAAGGUGCUGAAGUUUUGGAUAUUCAUAAAAUUUCAUAAUAAUAUUUUAUAUUUCAUUAAUUUUAAUUAAAGGAAAAAGGAAAAGCAAUCAAAUGUUUUUAAUUCAUUAUUCUUUAGAUGAGAUGUUUAUCCAAAACAUUUGCAAUUAAAUAUAAUAGUAGAUUAAAACAUAGUAUGCAACAUCAGGUUUAAGUUUAUAUUCUAAACCAGAGAUGUGCUAAUUUCUUGUCAGAAAAAAAAUGAUUUUUCUACUAGUGUUAUUUUAUUAUUUCCAUUAGAGUAUGCUUACUUCUACAGCAUUUUCAAAUGUUAUAAUCCACGUACGAUCUCUUUAUUUGUAGACAAAAAAUAAUAGCAUAGCGUGGUAAUCUAAUAAUAGUAAAUAAACGCUUCCUGUUCUGUCAUGCAAUCAUGAAAGGCAGUAUCUCUAAGAGUUAAUUUUAAAAAAAUGCCUUUUGAGGAGUUAUAUAAAAAAUCGUAUAAGAACAAGUUCUUCCCAAUAAUGUAUAAUAAAAGAAAAUAAUGAAAUUAUGCAUAUAUAUAUAUAUAUAUAUAUAUAUAUAUAUAUAUAUUUAUAAUGAAAUACUGCCUUUAUUUUUUUUAUUGAUACAAAAUGCUUUUCUUCAUGGUGGAUUAUCCUGAAAACGUAAAAGCAGUAUUUAAUUUUUCCGAAUAACAUUUUAUAGGAUUUUUUUUACUGCUUUUUUAUAGCAUGUAAUAGAGUUUUUCAAGACAAAUCCCACAGUAUAAAUAAGUCAGAAUGUAAAACAUUUUAAAUACUGCUUUUUUUAAUUGCAUGGCAGCACUGGCAGGAGUGAGAAUUCGCUAAGGAAAAAUAAAAUAAAUAGUAAGAAUAAGGAACAAUUGACUCUGUGAGUCAAUUUUGCACAUCUCUAUUCUAAACAAUACAAAACAUGAAAAAAUAUCACUUAACAUUUUUUUUAAUGUAACUACGUCAUCUCUACAAAAAUUUCACUUUACAAAUUAUAUAUAACAUAUAGUUACAUAUGCAAUAUCUGCAAAUUGCUUAUUAUUACAUUUUUGUUGUUCAUUCAUGAUUUGUAAUAUUUUAUUACAUUGAUAAAAAGAUACAGCUUAACUUUUAUCAUCAUGUACAGUCAAUUUUGAUUACAAAACUAUACAUGAAUUAAAUUCUUUUCCAUGUUUGAUAUAACUAUAAAAUAUUUGAUCUGAUGAAUAAUAUGUGAUGUGUGUGCAAAAUAAGAAAAAAAUACUUUAUUUCUCUUUCUUUGUACAUAAAUCUAAUCAUACGUUACAAAUAACACAUGUCACCUACAUGUAGUAUUUGUCUAUCCUAUUUAUAAACUUUCAGAGUUAUAUGUGAAAAUAAAAUUUCAAAGUAUUACUUACGUAAUACUAUUCAUCUUAUAUUGCUUACUAUGUUUGUUUCUCAAUUUAUAUAAGCUAAAUUUAAAAAAAGGAGUUUCUUUGGAAUGUACUGCCAUUUCAGCAUACAUAGUAAUAGUAAUAUUUAUAUUAUAUCUCUAAAAUAUUUUAUAAGAAAUUAAUAUUACUCUGAAAGUAAAAUUAUUCACACACACAUACAGUAUAUCAUUAAAAGAUAAAAAAAAUUGUGUAAUAAUAUAUUACUUUUAAAUAAGCAAUAUACGUAAACAAAUUUUACAAGUCUUAAGACACAAAAUAUUCGAAAAAACAUAAAUCACGUAAAUUCUUCAAUAAUUUACAGAUGAGAUAUGUAUAAUUAUAAUAUCAAUGCAGAUCAACUAUUCUUAAACGAACAUAGUAAACAAAUUUUAUUUAAUUUUAUAGAAGUAAUUACUAAAUUUUUUUUAAAGGAAUUACUAAAAAUUCUAAUUUCAAAAUUUUGUUAGAUUUAUACAAUACAAGCGUAAUUAUUCAUACAAAAAAGAUGGAUUUAUGAAAACCAAUGUUAUAGAUAUAUUAUAAGAAUGUCUAUAUUUUUGCAUAUUUAAAGUAGGAAAAUUUAAAGUAAAAUGUGAGUAUAAAUUGUUCAUAAAUAUCUGAGGUUU